GACUCAAAGAAGAACCAUUUCUUUCUUCAAUUCAACACAUUGUCAAUUUGCCGCAUUCUAAUUCAUAUAAGGUACUUCCCUCCGUACCCCAUUUUUGUCAUACCCAUACAAACUCAUAUAGUCGAUCCCGAUUUAUUUGAGACUGAGAAAAAAGUUACUCCUAGUAUUUUAUUUAUUAUGAUUGGCAUGAUGAACUCUGCACAAAUGUGCAAACAAGUAAGAUGGCAAAAUUUGCUACACUUGCAAAAUUUUCUUCAAAAGGACAAGGUUGUGGUGGUCAUGGGGGUCACCGGCGCCGGAAAAUCAAAACUCUCUAUCGACUUAGCCACUCAAUUCGAUGGAGAAAUAAUUAAUUCGGAUAAAAUACAAGUGUACAAAGGUCUUGAUAUCGCGACAAACAAAAUAACAGAAGAAGAACGUUGCGGUGUACCACAUCAUUGCCUAGGGGUAAUUGAUCCUUACAAAGAAUUCACCACUAAAAACUUUUGCAACAUGGCUUCAUUUACCGUUAACUCUAUAACCAACCGCGGUAAACUUCCUAUCAUUGUUGGAGGGUCAAAUUCAUUCAUCGAGGCAUUUGUCCACAACAAUAACUCAUAUAAUUUUAGUACAAGGUACGAUUUUUGUUUCCUAUGGGUCGAUGCAUCGAUGAACGUGCUAAAUUCGUUCUUAUACGAACGAGUAGAUAAAAUGGUGGAUCAAGGAAUGGUGGAUGAGGUAAGACAAAUUUUCAAUCCAAAAAAUAUGGAUUACACCAAAGGUAUUCGUAAAGCCAUUGGUGUCCCGGAAUUUGACAGUUACUUUCGUGCUGAACUGUCAAAUUCCGUGGACAGGCAAACUCUUGAGAAGAUGCUAGAGGAAGCGAUUACUGAAAUAAAGAUCAAUAAUUGUAUACUGGCAAGUAAACAAUUAGAAAAAAUUAAGCGAUUAAUUAGCGUUAAAGGAUGGAAAAUCCAUCGAUUAGAUGCAAGUGAAGUAUUCAAAAAACAGAGAAUAGCAGAGGAAAAAGAGGCAGAGGAAAUAUGGAAGAAUAUGGUGAUGGGACAGAGCAGAAAGAUAGUGCAUAAAUUUUUAUACGAAAAUUAUAGGAAUUCAAUGGUUUAUAAAAGUGAUGGGACAGCCAUUAUGGCAGCAGCAUCUCACUAUUAAAAAGCGAACUUAAUCGUCAAAAACACAUCUAAUCACAUUUUCACGAGUUUCAUAUUUUAACUAUUCAUUGUUCGAUGUACCUAUAUAAAAGAUCAUUCAUUUGUAUUAAAACACACCUCGAUGCUGAGUUGGCAUACAUGUGUCAGGUCAGUAUUGAGGUGUAUUUUUAGUACAGUGAUAAUGAUAAUUUAGAUAAGUACAUGAAAUAAUAAAGAAAGUUAAAGUACGAAACUCGCAAGGAAAAAAUAAUUUUGAUGUAUUUUUGACGAUUAGCUCAAAGAGAAAAAAAGAAGUUGUGUUGUUGCAUUAAUCUAAAGACUUUUUUUGUACAAUAGUUGAGCAUGAUGACCAGUUUUGGGAGAUAACAUUUAUAUAUGUCCA